AAAUUCCCCUACGUUUCCACCAGUCCCACCUGUCAUUGGAAAUUUAUCAGCUGACGAGAGCAUUAGAAAGCAAAAUAAAUGGCUGGUUUAAGACAAAUAUCAUGUUUUUGGUAUUUAGUGGUGUUUGCGGGGCUGUGUUUUCUCGAAUCAAACGGUAACGUAGCAGCUGAAGACGUCCUCCCGUCGAAGCUAAGUCAAAAUGUUGGGGCCCCAACCUUAAAAUUUUUGUAUUGUUAUUCGUGUGGUUACCGGAAAACGUUCGAGCAGUACGUAAAAAUCGUUGGGGACAAAUACCCUUUUAUAGCCGUUGAUGGCCAAAAUUACGACCCCCCAGGCUUGAACAUGUAUUUGGCCAGACUUAUUGGCAUCGUUAAAAUGGUGAUAAUCGUGUGUAUUUUGGGGGCUAUUAACAUAUUUGAAUACAUUAACCAACCACAGCCUUCAUGGUGGAUUUGGUGCACAGAAAACAAGCUUUAUGCUUGCAUGAUGCUGUUCUUUGUGUGUAAUAUUAUCGAAGGACAGUUGAUUCAAUCGGGGGCUUUUGAAAUCUCACUGAAUGACGUUCCUGUUUGGUCCAAACUGGAGACGGGCAGGAUACCACAACCUGCAGAGCUUUUCCAAAUCAUCGAUAAUCAUAUGCAGUUCACUGACAGCAAAAUUGAACUGAGCAACGGAUUCCCGAAGUAAAGUUACUAUAAAUUUCGAAAAUGAUUGUUUUGUUAUCAGAUUGUUCUUUUUUAAAUUUGUUGUGAGUCUGGUAGUGUCAUUCUAUAAUUUUUUGUCUGGUCACUAUCACACAGCGUUCAGUAUGUUUGAAUGUAUGAUUUAUAAAUAACUAGAUUUGUGAUAAGUAAAAGUUGUACAUAAAGAAA